AUGUCAGGACAGCCACCCACCCCCGAUUCUUCUCUGAAGCGCCAACGCAAACAAUCGACAAGCUCCACAGAGAGCAAUGACAGGAACAAAAGGCUCUGUGUCGCCAAAGAGGACCGGCUGAAGACAAGCGGGGGAGUCAUCACCAUCUUGGUAGGAAAAGAGGAGAAAUCAUUUUUUGUCCACGACAACUUGCUCCGUCGCUCAUCGGCAUUCUUCGAAAAAGCGCUGGAUGGCCCUUGGAUUGAGGCGACUCAGAGAACAGUCAAGCUACCAGAAGAUAACCCUGAGAUAUUUGCCAUCUACGCCCACUACGCCCACUGGCUCUAUUCUGACAAUCUUGCAAUCGUGGACAACACCUCACGCGAAUCCUCUCUAGGCGACUUCUUCGAGCUCACUGACUGUUACGUGUUUGGCAAUAAGGUACUCUGCCCUGGGUUCCAGAAUGCUGUUAUUGAUGCCUAUGUCAUGAAUUGGUACAACAGCUCCUGUCGACUUCUCUUUCGUCCCGGGGAGGAAAUAGUGAAAAGGAUAUAUGGAAACACGGCGCCGGGCUCUGCACUACGUCGCAUCGUGAUCGAUCUUUACAAUCGAUACGGUGACAAGAAAUGGUUGGAUCACUGGAACGAACAUGAGAUCCCGCAGGAAUUCGCGGUGGAUAUUCUCAGGGAAUUGCUACCAGCACGAGAAAAGCGUUAUUCGGACCAUGGCCCUCUCAAGGCAUCUGACUAUCAUGUAUAG